AUGGCCACCAAACGAGGCAAGCUGACUUGGUCUUCCAACCACAGAGGAUUAUCUUUGCAUCAAGGGCAGCAGGGUCUUCUACAGGGUAGAUGUUGGGUGGCCUUGGUGGGCCGCCGUAAAUUGCCUUUGAAAGCCACAAAGUUUUGGAGCCUCCACUUGAGGUCUUCUGGGAAAGAGCACAUUAUUUCCCACUUAACCAUGAAUUUUGGCUUCACGCAAGAGCAAGUGGCUUGCGUGUGUGAAGUCUUACAACAAGGGGGCAACAUUGAGCGCUUAGGACGUUUCCUCUGGUCCCUGCCAGCUUGUGACCACCUGCACAAGAACGAGAGCGUCCUGAAGGCCAAAGCAGUGGUGGCUUUCCAUCGGGGCAAUUUCCGAGAGCUCUACAAGAUCUUAGAGGGCUAUCAGUUUUCUCCCCACAAUCACCCCAAACUUCAGCAACUCUGGCUCAAAGCUCACUACACUGAAGCAGAGAAGUUGCGUGGAAGGCCGCUGGGAGCCGUGGGAAAAUACCGGGUGCGUCGCAAAUUCCCUUUGCCUCGGACUAUCUGGGACGGGGAGGAAACCAGUUACUGUUUCAAGGAAAAAUCCCGGAGUGUGUUAAGGGAAUGGUAUAUCCACAACCCCUACCCAUCCCCUCGUGAGAAAAGAGAACUGGCAGAAGCUACUGGGCUGACCACAACUCAGGUCAGCAACUGGUUCAAGAACCGGCGCCAGAGAGACCGUGCAGCAGAGACCAAAGAGAGGGAGAAUGGCGAGGGCGGCGUUUUGAAGGAAGGGCAUGGCCUGCCCCGAGACAGACACAUGAUCCCCAGCUCUGAGGACGAAAGCUCCCCCAUUGACAGCCCCUCACUCCUCUACCCGGCCUUGCAGCUUUCAGUUCCCGAGGGAUCCUCCAUUCACAAUGCCCAACGGGUGGAUUACCUGCAGAACCAACCCCUCCACAAUGGCCUCCUGGGGUCCCUCACUUCCACUCUCGUAAAUCUGGGAUCCUGAAAAAAAUACAUUAAGACACUGCCACAUUCUCAGCAAGUUGCUUCUUUGUUCUAGCCCCUCUGCAUGUAAAUAGUCCCGUUUCCAACUGCAAGGAUCAUCACAUUGUGUCUCUUUGUAAGAGGGAAACUGUGGUACAACCAUAUUGAAUCAUCAUCACAUUUGAUAUUGAGCAAAAACGAAUCACGUUCCACGGGGGUGGAAAAUGUCACGUGUUUUUCUAACUGUGAGAAAAGCUGAAGCCAUCCGAUCUGAAAUUUCUUCUAUCUGCACAUUUCCUGACUGGCCAAAGCCACUCUCUGCACCCUAAAGCAACGGCAGGAAAGUCACUUAGCUGCAAAAACAGCUAUAGAACCAAGCAAAAGUAAAGAGCAGACAAGCAACUAACAGCACAGAAUCACGAGUUUAAGGUCAGGAUGGGUGUCUGCAGCAGGAACAUCUGUUUAAAGUAGAAAGCACCCAAUUAAGAUUAAUUAGGACUUAGGCCUGGACAGCUGAGCACAUUCAAACACUUAUCCCCUAGAGAGAACAGAUGUGAUUUGCAUAUCACAGUGCCAAGAACCUUAAUGAAUUGGAUAGAGAACCGCAUUUGAGGGGAUUUCAAAUGGAACCAAGAAAUGAAGGAGAUGGGAAAAGCCUGGUAUUGAUCUGCUGUGAUUCUCUUUGCAGAGAGAUCCCGCAAGAGUUCAUAGGAUUGGGAUAAUCCUGGAAUAUCCCUCUUGAAAGGUGUAGGAUGGGUAUUUAGGCCUUUGGGGACUGAUUCCUUGAAUGGAAUCCAAUGACGUGCAAGUAGUCCAUCAAAGCCAAAUCGUGUUUUUCUGUCUAUUUUUUAAAUAAAUGUAAAAUUGGAAAAAAAAAGUUUAUCUAGGGCAAGGUGA